AUGGCCCGUGGCAUGCAUGGAACGAUUUGUUCCCGGUGCUAUAUGAUAUCCCUGUUCCCGGUGCUAUAUGAUAUCCCUGUACCUACCCUUAAUUUGAAUGAGAGUGAUGUUUUGGUUUGGCAUGACAUAAAUGGAAAUGAGAGUAGCUUUUCCUCUAGUAGCGUAUGGGAUACGUUAAGGAAACGAGGGGAACUUAUACCGUGGGUGAAUAUGGUUUGGUUUCCUCAUGCUAUUCCUCGACAUGCUUUUCAUAUUUGGCUUAUUUUCAAAAGGAAACUUAAGACCCACGACAAAAUGAAGGUGUGGGAUGCCGGGAGUGCAACUAACUUGAAUCUCCUUUGCUGCUCGUUGUGCAAAAAGGGGCCUGAUUCGCACGAUCACCUUUUCUUUGAAUGUUCAUAUUCUCUGCAGGUUUGGUACUCAAUAAGACACUUGGCUAAUAUGCAACACAUAUCAGAGCGCUGGGAUGACAUUACGGCUUGGUUAAUACCGAUAUCUAAGAGCAAAUCGGGUUAUAGUGUUACUGGCAGAUUGUUAGUGGCUGCUCUUGCUUAUUACAUUUGGCAGGAACGCAACAACCGCAUGUUUACCAACCUGGAACGAACUCCAGGCCAAUUGAAAGAGGCCGUGGAGAGCACUGUUCGUCUUAAGCUUGCGAGCAUGAAAUUUAAACAAUCCCAGAAGACUCUUCGCUUACUGGAACUGUGGAAGCUACCUAAAGAACAAGAUAAGGGUGGAUAA